AUGGCUGAUGCAGCCGAUAUUGCUGCUUUACGGCAAAAGUUUCAACAAUGUAUACACGAUCAUCGUUCAUCAACUAGAUUCCUAAACAAACUAGAACAUUUGUUUGGACUGACGUGUUUGGCUCAAGUGGUAACGGGAGUUUUUACGGUGUGUAUCAGUAUGUUGCUAGCCCUGUUGACCGACUGGUAUCCUGUCUAUUUGUUCUUAGCGGCUACUUUCAUCGAGCUUACUGCGUUCUUCGUCAUUGGCAAUGUGGUGGAAAAGAAGGUUGACGAAUUGUAUCACGCCAUAACCGCGCUCUCAUGGUACCGACUUUCGCUUCAGCAGCAGAAGGAGUACAGAUUCAUAAUGUUUCGUCAGCAGCGACCACUCGGUUUGACUGCUUUUGGUUUCAUGCCGUUAAAUUUCGAAUCCUACAUGAGCGUUUUGAAAGGCUUGUAUCAGUUCUUCGUGAUCAUCUUAAAAUCAAUUGAGUAA